AUGGCUUCGGGUUCCGAAAUGAAAGCUGAGAUCGACGCGCCAGUCACCAAUGGUAAAGGUGUUGACGUUAACGAAGACGAAAACAUUGAUUCGGGUCAUUCGUCAAUCAACACCCCAGAUACAGUAGAAGAUAAACCAGUGGACAAGCUAGUCAAGGUGACUAUUCAGCCAUCUUGCGGUGAGGCUUUCGAUCUUCAUCUCAGUGACAAUGAACUAGUUCAAGAACUCUACCAGACGUUGCUGGAUCGAGAAGCCACUUGUCACAGAACUUGUUUUUCGCUGUACCUGAAUGGGACAGCCGUCGACAACUACUCAGAAGUACGAGCCGUUCCAGGAUUUGUAGAUGGGUGCACUUUGAAUGUGGUUGAUGAGCCGUAUACUAUCCGUGAUGCACGUCUCCAUCUUCGCCAAGUUCGAGAACUUCUCAAAUUCGGACUCGUUCAAGAUCAACAUGAGCCACCGUGUUCCAAUGAAGCUCAGUCAUACUUGACAACUAUCAACCUCCAACCAGACGAGAAGAAAGAACCAAAACCAUCUGACAUACUUCCCCCAGAUUACAUUCUCCCAGGAUGUAAAGAACGUUCACUCGCUCAUUUGGUGGUUCCUCAACCAAAGGAGCUUAUUGCUCUGAAGGAUAUCGCACUCUCGCCAUUCAAUCCACCACCAGGACCCCGUAAAUUGAGAGGAGAUGUCCUGUAUAUCGACCUGACAACUGUUGAAAACCGUGUCUAUCACGUCACCUGUUGCACUCGAGGAUUCUAUGUUAACAACUCGCAAGACGGAAAAUUCGAUCCAACAACUUCUAAUUCUAACAGGACCGUCUAUCAAAGUGUGAUUGAGCUUCUUCAAAACGUUAGUUCCGGAUUCAAAAAAGUUUAUCCACAAAUACUGAAACGAAGACAAGAUAAGUCUCUGGUCGAACGUCUCCCAACAAGUUAUCCAGUGUCUACGUGGGUCGCUAAUCCGUUAAGACCUGAUGGAUACAGCAGUGAUUCUCUUCGAGCAGUCGAACUCACCGAGCCAUUCCGUGUUGGGUUUGAAGAUCACAUGCCUGGGCUUCUUCGGGAUUGGAAUGAAGAGUUGCAAACAACUUUCGAAAUGCCUCGGAAGUCUGUUUCCGAUAGAGCCAUUCGUGAUCGUAGUUACUUCAAAAUUCAUGCGGAUUACGUCAAUGCAGCUUCUCGAGGAGUUCAAUCUAUUCUCGAUGGAAACAUAUUAGCGAUCAACCCAGGAGAGGACAAGAAAACGCAUAUGUUUAUAUGGAACAAUAUCUUCUUCAGUCUCGGAUUUGAUGUAAGAGAUCACUACAAGGAGUUAGGAGGAGACGCUGCUGCCUUUGCCGCUACUUCCACUGAUCUCCAAGGAGUUCGUGCUUUUUCAACUCUCGAAGAUCCCAAAUUGAACACUCUCGGUAUGGCUAUUUUCGAUUAUAGAGGCUAUCGUGUCACUGCUCAAUCGAUCAUCCCGGGAAUACUGGAACGCGAACAAGAGCAAUCAGUUGUCUAUGGAUCGAUAGAUUUUGGAAAGACUGUGGUUUCAGACGAAAAAUAUCAUGGUUUGCUCGAAGAAGCUGCUCAGCAGUUGAAAAUGCUCCCACAUACCGUUCUUAGCGAGAAGGAUGGAGUCGAGCAAGAGAUGAAGCUUUAUACAAGUUACGAAGCUAAGGGAAUAGUUGGGAAUGAUGGAAGAAAGUACGUUUUGGAUCUUCUCCGAUCGAUGCCACCAGAUGUCCAUUAUUUGGAUGAUGCUAGGGUUUCUGAGACUGCAAAGCAACUUGGAUAUCCACGCACGUUCCCACAUAAACUGUCUGCUCUUCGCCGCGAGUUGGUCGAUCUUUUCUGUGAGUCCAGGUUGGUCAUGUUCAUUCAGUUGACUGCCAAGAAGAUUCGAGAUGUUAUCGCAGAAGCCAAGGAAAAGAAUGACGAAGAAUUGAUCAAGAAAGCAGCUGAAGCCGAAAGUGAGCUGUCCCUUGUCUUCAUGGCUAUCAGCGAAGAGAAAGAAAUCGAGACAAAGAAUGAACUAGUUCAAGGUGCAAUUAGGAACGCUUGUGCUUCUGUGAACUCCAUCUAUGAAGAUCGUUUCGUUAUCAAGUUCAAUCCGGAUUGUUUUUCGGCGAAUGUUAAACAUGCACCGUUUGAGAAUUUGGAGAGACAGCGACAAGUCGUUGUGGAUGCAGCCGAGUUUUUGUUGACCAACCAAAUUCCGGAACUCAUUCAGAACUUCAAAGAUUGCAUUGUUCAACCAAUCGAUGGUGACAAUCUUGCUGAUGUCAUGCACUCAAAAGGAAUCAACAUUCGUUAUUUGGGAGAAAUUGGAAAAAGAAUUGAAGAUAGUAAUUUGUUCGCUCGUCCUCUUGUUCUAUCGGACAUUGUUGCUCGAUCUGCUAAGCAUAUCAUCCGCAAAAUCAAUGUUGAAACUCCAGCUGAUCAAUUGUCUGCGAGUACUUCACACAUUCUCAAUUGUGUAUUCUCUGUUGUGACUGAUCCAAGUCCAGUUGCCACGAAUGCUACAAAGAAGAGCAACAAGAAGAAUGGUAAAAAGAAGUCAACAGGAGUGUGGUCAACUCUAACCACCGCAUCUCUGUGGAAGAGCAUUUGCGAAGAAGCAUCUUACUACUACGGAUACCCAAUUGACGCAGAAUCUCUCGACAAGUUCACCGAGCAACAUGAUAUACAGAAAACAGCGCUAUUCCGUCGUAUCUGCAGAAUCAUGGGAGUUCAACUUGUUGCUAGAGAUUACCAACUCGAUACUAUCGGAAAGAAAUCAGCAGUAUUUACUGAAGAUGAUAUCAUCAACUUCUUCCCUAUUAUCAAACACCAUCAACCAUAUACUGCCGAUGCCAAGAAAAUGUUUAUUCGCGGACAACAUGCUAUGUCGGUGGGGGCUUCUAGAGAAGCGUACGAGUGUAUUGGUGAAGCUAUCAAUCUUAUGACUGCUGUGUACGGUGUCAUGCAUCCAGAUAUGCCACAAUGUCUCAGAGCUCUCGCUAGACUUUCUCAUGUCCUCGGAGAAACCGCUGAUGCGCUCAACCAUCAACAUAAGGCAACUGUGAUGAGUGAAAGAUUAAUUGGUCUGGACACAGGAAACACUAUCCUCGAAUAUAUCAACCUGGCUCAUUUCGCUUUCGGUGCUCUUCUGAUUCCUGGAUCUCUUCGUCCAUUGUAUCGUGCUAGAUAUCUGAUGAAUCUUGUUUUUGGAGAAAAGCAUCCAGUGAUGGCUCAAAUUGAUGCAAACAUCGGAACUAUUUUAUUCACCAUACAAGAGUUUGAUACCGCUUUGAAGUACUUGCAAUCGUCAGAUUCUAUCAGCAAAGCGAUUGGCGAGCCAAGAAAGCUGAAAACUGGUCUCAUCUCGAACUUGAUCGCUCGCACACAUGCCGCUCGUGGUGAUUUCCGUGCAGCUCUCGUAGCUGAGAAAGAAACAUUCCACAUAUAUUCUGAAGUAUACGGGCCGAAUCAUCAAAGAGUUAAGGAGUCUGGCGAAUAUCUUCGUACACUUACCCAACAAGCUGUAACAUUCCAAAAGAAGAUGCUCAAUGUGGACAAUAAUACAAACAUCAAUGAGUUGUUCCAGAUUCAACCACCACCAGUCAGCGCUCUCUUUGAAAUUCUCAACAUCAUCAAUGGAAUUAUGAUAAUUGGAAUUCCAGGAUUGGCAAAUCUUGCUGCUUUGGAAAAACUACAAAAUGGAGCCGUUGAAGAGAGCAAAGCUACUGAUGUAGCUGCUCAACUUGACAAUGAAACUCUCGAUUAG